CCGCUUUACAUACCCAAUACCCUGGUUUUGUCUGCUUCUUCCUUGCCCGUUCUCGAUACUUUACGACCUUUAUUACGAAGCACCAUCGCGGCCGUGCAGCUUACGUUCUUUCAACUUUGUCAACGUCUUCAACCGCGCCUAAUAUUCUUUCUUGCCUUGUCAAAUCCUCGCCUUUAGUUCCAUGUCACCGCGUGGCCGAACUAGUCAUGAACAUACCUUUCUUCUUCACGCCAGUCACGAAAACAGAUGCCCAUCCCAUCCCCCGACCUCACCAAUAUCCAGACACAAUGUCAACGAACGACGGUCUACUCCUCGUUCUCCACUUGUUGACAGGGCGUUUGAUCUCAACGGAGACGCCUUCAGUAAAUUUACUGACGCCCCUACCGUUCCCUUAGGGAGCAAGAAAGAUACCAGUCCCGGUAAUCACAAGCUUUCAGAGACAUCGACAUUUCAUCCCCUACCCCCUCUCCCUCCAUCUUCUUCUCUACAGUUAUCGACUCUACUCGAUAUCAACUUCCCGUCUUUUGCUUUUCCGACUGGAUUUCCGAUAUCAACGCCUCCCUUACAAUCAUCGCCACCCAUUUCAUCAUCUCCGGGGAGCCGAAGAAAUAACACACCUGCUACAGACAAUUCUCUGUUCCACAUGCCCGUCCUAAGUCAUCCUAAUAGUCCAUAUGUUCCCUGGGAGUCUCCAGUUCGUCGCGAGAUCCUACGACCGUUAACGCCCUCUUCUUUUGUAUCACAUUAUUCCCGUCCUCUUUCACGGAGCGGCGCUCGAGCGCCUGAGCCACCUGAAACUGAGGAGGAGCGUUUGCCGCAACGUCCAACCCGCAAAUUGCACAAAGUCUCCAAAAGCAUUCUAAACUUACGGCAGGCCGUUAGGAAUGUUGCUCAAGUAACCAAGAGAUUCAAAUUCGCUCAAAAGCGAAGGUCACUUGAUCAGCCUGAUCUUCCGGAACUCCCUAAGACGCAUUGGCAGUCGGACCCACUACUUAUUGCUCGACAUCGACCUCGACCUCGAUUGCCACCGCCGUCUCCUUCGUCUGCGUCAUUUGACUCCACUAAUACCAAUUCGCUGUCAGCGUGGUUAGCUGCACGACAAUGUGAAGCGAAAGAGUGGAAUCUGGAUGCCCAGAGGGGUGUUGCAUUGGAAGAGUAUGAUCGAGCCGGUAGCUGGAUCAACUUAACUGCCCUGAGCGUAUCAGAUGAUUCGCCUUCAAGCCCGGCAUACGGACCACUAGAGUCCAGUAUUUGGAGACCAUUGGAAUUCGAUAUGUCUCCUCUCCUAUCAACAUGUCACUCGCCACACAUUACACCACCGUGCGAGCUACUACAGUCACCACCUAUGCCCUCUCGACGCCCGAUACCUUCACAAUCACGCCCUUCAACUGCUGGAGGAAAGCCUGAGGAUGGAGAUGGAAUAUCAGGGGAAGGGCUCUCGGACCUUAGCUACAUGAUUGGAGCAUUCAAACUAUAAUGAUCAACAUCAGUCUAGGAGCAGCUUAAUCAUUUAUGCCGUCAUGUAAGUAAUUAGAAAAAUCUGGUUGUAACAUGUAGACAUCCAUUGGGCAGCGGUUUAUCCCCUCAUGUCCCGCCCCUUGACAUGGGGUAAUGCUGAGUAAAUCAAAUGCUUUAAAUUCUGGUCGUGUGCGGCCAUUGAUUUGGACGAAGCUAUAAAAGAUAGAGCUGUCACAAAAAGUCGGGACUUAACGACCCAGGGCUUCUCUGCGACUCCCGCAUCCCCCCCAUUCAAGGCUUGGCACACAAUUCAUUCAGAGCUUUGAUUGUAGGUUGGGCGAGAACCUUCUUAUCUUUCGGUGUGGCGGAUCAUCUUUUAUGCAACCGAUCGCAGGCUUUUUUUUUGCG